AUGAUCAAAUGUGAUAAAAAAUAUAGCGAGCCAGCUUCUCCAUGCGAACGUCCCUGACGUGGUGCUGGGGAUGAUGGGGCAGGCUGAGGAGGCGCAGCCCGCCGCUCCUCCAAAGUCUGGAGAUGGUUAAGUGAAAGGAGGGGAGGGCGGCAAGAUAGAAAGUUAAAGGUGGCUCCUGGCCUGACUAGAAGGGAAGAGGGUGAAGAGGGGGUCGAAAGGAAGGAUGGAUGCUGGCAAAAGAAGAUCACAAUGAUGGUGCGAAUGAUCCAACGUUUCGCAAGGAGAGCAAAGAGGAGUUGGCGUGGCGUAUGUGGGCGCGCCAGGCCUUCAAGGCUGAGCAAGCAAACGGUCGUGCCGUCCCUCGAGUAACAUCAACGGUACAUGCAGCUCUGCCUUGCUCUUGUCCACGAUCGGGCCAACGAUCAUUGCGAGCUACAGUCAGUGACGGACACGGAGAACAGUGCAGUGAUCUGAUGUCGCACUCUUCACGGGCACACUGCUAGGUCCUUGUGAUCCCAACCGUUACACCACUUUGGCACCAGGCACUGCCAACGUCUGGGGUGUGCUGCGUGCACUUUCGAACGCAGCACGCGCACGAGGGACUGUCCCAUUGCGAGGUCAUCCUUGUUCAUCAGUACAGGAUUGUGGAGGCAGAGGAGGUUGGUCGAAUGCGG